UAGGGUUUAGCCGGAAAUUACCGAAUAUUUUAUUUAUUUUGGAACCUUGAACAAAGUUGUUUGCUUUUGGUGGAAGAGAUGAGCUAUGCAGUGCCAGUCCUACCCCUUCAUGCUCCUCCAUUCCUUGAUGGGUCUCUAUCUUCUACCUCCCACAACUCAAGCACAGUUGGUGGCGAAAGCUCGGAGGGCUCUAACCGUGUAGAAAUGAAGCCAGCUGUUAAUGGGUAUAAGUGGCGUUUGGUUAUUUCAUACGAAGGAACUAAAUAUGCAGGCUGGCAGUAUCAGGUAUCACCACCGACAGUACAGUGCUUUCUGGAGAAGGCUCUACACUGUGCAACAAAGCUAGAAAGGAAAGAUCUCUGCUUGGUUGGAGCAGGAAGAACAGAUGCAGGAGUUCACGCGUUAGGCCAGGUGGCACACUUUGUGACCCCUUUCAACUAUGGCAGCUUGGAUGGCAUUCAUGCUGCUCUGAACGGUAUUCUUCCUGAUGAUAUCAGAGUUAGAGAGAUUAGCCCCGCAGUGCCUGAAUUCCAUGCCCGGUUUUCAGCAGAAGGCAAGACUUAUCAUUACAAGAUAUAUAAUGAUGCUGUCAUGGACCCAAUGCAGCGCCAUUUUGCUUACCACAGUGCUUGUAAGCUCAAUGCUGAUGUUAUGAGAGAAGCUGCAAAGCAUUUUGUUGGAAUCCACAAUUUCUCUGCUUUUGCUAACACAUCCAACAGCGACAGAGUGCGGAAUCCAGUCAAGAGUAUAUUCAGAUUUGAUGUUGUUGAAAUGGGAGCUCUUUUACAGCUAGAGGUUGAAGGCUCGGGUUUUCUAUAUAGACAAGUCCGGAAUAUGGUUGCUCUACUGCUUCAAGUUGGAAGGGAAGCACUUCCUCCUGAUAUCGUUCCAAGUAUGCUGGCAUCGCAAGAUCGAAGGGAGCUUGCUAAAUAUGUCAUGUUUGCUCCACCUCACGGGCUUUGUCUUGUGAAUGUCAUGUACAAUAAAGAUCAUUUGCGACUUCCACCAGAUUGUCCCACAGGCAGUUUUGGUAAACAUCAUACUAUAACCAAAUAGCUUUUUUCCAAGGGCAGAUUUGUUGCAUAUUUUGGCGAAUAGAACAGGGGAAGAGCAUCAGUGCUCGCUUUGCAACAAUGAAGCUGAAACCUCCAUUCAUCUUCUCAAGUCUUGUCCAAUUGUAAGAGGUACAUGGUUGGGCCACAAAAGUGAGAAAUGAAGCUGAGAAUGACUCAACUAAUUAGGUGGUACUGUGAAAAUGACAAUAAUGUUGACACUAAAGGCUUGCUCUCUUUUUCUGCUUGUAUCUUUGAUUGCAUCUGGACGGCUAGGUACAAUGUGUUGCUGCAUGGAAAAGAGAGACUGAAUGUAGGUAGCAUGAUAACUAGGAUUAAUCUAAGUUAACAGGAAAUUGCAAAGGUCUACAACCCCAACACUUUGGAGGGGUGCUUUGAUUUAUUGUGUGAGCCACCAUCAUUGGAGAGGACAGAUACAACAUUUGUCGAUGCUUAUUUGUUAUUCUGAAAAUUAAUAAAUUGGAACGAAUUAUCGAAUGAUAUUUUUAGUUGAGCCACGGAUUAUGUCGCUCUCUUUAAGAUGUUUUGCGGCUCUACCCGAAGUGUACACUACAGUUUAUCAAUCACGACGUUUCCAGGGUAAAACAUGCUCUGUAUACGAAUUGCUUUGCACCGAACAAUAGCGCUAGAUU